GUCGGCCGCUCGCCCUCGCCUCACACGACCACACGAGCUUCGCUUGCCAUUGUUUCAUAACAACCGCAUCACACACCGUUGCUACGUACUGGAACGAAGAUGAACAGCCGCCUGCUGCUGCUGCUGUUCUUGGUAGCCGCCAUCUGCAGUGUCGAUGCUGAGAAGCAUCGGCGCCGGCACCGGCGGCUGCGCAAGACCACGGCGCGGCCCGACGCGGCGGCGGAGGGCGCCGCGGCCGAGCGCGAGGAACUGCCCGAGCUGCCCGUCUACAUGAGCCGCGAGGACACCGAGGCGGAGAACCUCGAGCUCGGCAUGGCCGAGCGCCUCGACGAGAAGCGGUUCCAGGAGGCGGAAAAGGCGCGGAUCAACGAUCUGUAUGUGGGCCGCCCCGAACACAACGGCGAAGAGAACGAAGUCUACGUCGACGACCCGUGCCUGAAAGUGCACUGCAGCGCGGGACGCGUGUGUGAAAUCGACGAGCACGGCGACGCCGUCUGCAACUGCAUCAAGGAGUGCCCGUACGAAACCGACGCGCGCCGCAAAGUGUGCACGAACCACAACGAGACGUGGUCGUCGGACUGCGAGGUGUACCGGCAGCGCUGCCUGUGCAUGGACGGCAGCGACGCCUGCUCCGGGCCGCAGUACCACCACGUGCAGAUCGAGUACUACGGCGAGUGCCGCGAAAUGCCCGACUGCACCGAGAGCGAGAUGUCGGACUUCCCGCGGCGCAUGCGCGAUUGGCUGUUCAACAUCAUGCGCGACAUGGCCGAGCGCCGCGAGCUGUCCCACCACUACCUCAAGAUGGAGCGCGAGGCCGAGGCCAACCUCACGCAAGCUGCGAAGCGAGGCGGGCUCGGCCGCCGCGGCCUCCGCCGCUCGAAUGUUUCUCCGCAAACCGUUUCUGUCCAAUUCCUCGAGCGUACGUUUUCGAAUCGAGCGAGGCCGAGAAUGUUAUAAUUAUUAAUCGAUAUAUAUAAAGUAACAUGUGUGUAAAUAGAAACGUCAUCGCCACCGUGGCGCAGCGCCGUCUCGCCACUCUAUACGACUAACUCUAGGUUUAGUUCCGAAAUAUUUCCGCGCUACAAACGACGUGUUUCGUAUUGAAACGUACGUCCGCGCGCCGGCCCGCAGCGGCGCGACCGGCGGACGCUCGCGCUCGACCGGCGGCCACUAGGCGCUGCCGCGGUUCCGUCGCCUGCUCGUGUUUAAGGCGCCCGACUUUUUGCUACUCCCGAGCACAGGUCGACUCUCACAGUACGCGCCUUUCGUACGAAGCACUGAACGAUAUCGGCACGGCCGCCCCGGCGAGCGCUCCGCGUAUUUCCCAAAUUCUUUGUACUUAUUUAUUGUAAAUAUCGUAUCGGAGUCUCAUCGACUGGGACGGACAUCGUACUUGCCCCGCUCGGCCGCGGCCCGCCCAACGAACGCGACCCAACUCGACGACACUGACCCGCGAGUGAGCGAAUUCGAUAGGCGACUGUAGCGCCUCCAAAGCAGUUUUCGGACGAACCACUAAUUGUGUUGCUUCCGUAAAACUGUCCGAGAACUGCCUGCGCACUUUUGUGAUAGUCGCUUGGCUAGUCGCGCCGCGGAAGGGCCGCGGCCGGGGCUAGCCCGCGCAGGCGAGGCGGCGGCCCCGGGCGUCGCCUUGAACCCCGCGGCGGCGUAAAGCCGAUGUCAGUCCGCGAGCGGGCAGGCCCACUCUAAAGUAUGACUAAUUAAUAAAUCUCUGUAAACAAAAUUCAGACCCCACAGACAGCUCUUGAAAGCAAUAAAUAAACAACGUGAGAGUCACGUUGAAGCGACUGGCGCUGCAGUCGGAAACGACGUUACGAUGGGGUCUAAAUUUUGUGCUAAAGUGUAUUUUUUUUUUUCAAUAAAAAUUGUGAAGUGCAGUCUGUGUAGUGAGCGGAG